AUGUGGUUACGUGUCGUUUCGUUAUUGGGUGGUAUAACCGUAGGAAGAUUUGAAGGCUCACGUCCGCUUACAGUGAAUUUCUUCCUUCUUUCGCUCACUGGUCGGAGAGCACAACACCAAGAUGGCGACAAAGAUGCGAAUAUUUUGUACCUGAAGGUGAUUUUGGGCUCUCAGUCCAUGGCGAGAAAGCGAAUUCUGGCUGAAAUGGGAUAUGAUUUCAGUAUCAUGACGGCAGACAUUGAUGAAAAAAGUAUUAGGAAGGAGAAGCCAGAAGAUUUAGUCAUGGCUCUUGCAGAGGCUAAGGCAGAUGCAAUUACAAAAAGAUUUGGGGACAUAAGCAAGUUCUUGCAGGAUACUCAGCCAACGCUGUUGAUCACAGCAGACACAGUAAGCUUAAGGCAUCGACUCUACGAGUUUUAUGUUACGAAUGCAUUUCCUGACAAGCGGAUUCUGUAUGUGAUUUGUCUCUUGAUUCCAAUCCAAGGUGGUUGUCUACAAAGGAGUCAUCAGAGAAAAACCAUCCAGUAAGGAAGAAGCUCGUGAAUUUAUUAAAGGUCGGUCAUUGCCACUUUCGCAACCCUGUCUCUUAUAGUCAGUGCCGUUUUAGCUGUUGAUAAUCACAGUCUUU